GUUCACUCUGUACCACAAUGACUGACAACAUCAACAGCACAGCGAUUGAGAAUGUUAACGCAGCGGAAACUGACAUUGCCCACCAUAAAGAUGAUAAUCUAAAAUCCCUCCUUGAAUUUAUUAAGGUGGAGCUUGAAGCCCUUGACAAGGCGCAGUUAUCCGAGCGAGAUAAAAGAAGCGAUGAACGGGAUCAAAAAAGAAUUUCACGCGCAAAUCAAGGUACCGCUACCACUCUUUAUGCUAACGGAAACAGUAAUCCACAAUGUAUAUUUUGCAAGAGCGCCAGUCACAGCACCAAAAACUGCACUAGCAACAUGAGCGUCGAACAAAGAAAGCAGUUGCUAAGACAAGAGAGUAGAUGCUUUCGAUGCGGGAAUAAGAACCACAGCUCCAAAUUCUGCAGAGCGCAGUGGGUAAAAUGCAAUGGAUGUAGCGGUAGGCACCUUACGCCCAUGUGUGAGCAAGCAAAAGCCAGUGAGAAAAAUUUACGAAUGAGCGAUCGAAGCGACAUUAAAAAGCAAGGAGGUAAUAGUAGCGUAACGGGAGCACAAGCUGCUUUGUCAAACUCUUUAGCCGGAACAGCGACUUUGAAUACCAUAUCGGCAGAGCAAAUUGACAUAUUCCUGCAAACUGCAAAAGCUGUCGUUAGUGACGUCACUAACAGCGAACGGGGGCUAAGCAGAUUGGUUAUGGACAACGGCAGUCAGCGCACUUACAUAAGUGAAAAACUAGCGAAUUU